AUGAGUUUUGGUUUAUCUAGUAACAAUGCACCUACUGCAGAGGUAGUGAAACAAAGAUUGAGACCAUUUGGGAUCUUUUUUGAGAAAUCUUUGAAAGAUUUAAUUAAAGGUAUUAGAUCACAUAAUGAAACACCAGAAUCUCUUCAUACGUUUUUAACCAAUGAAUUGGUACAAUGUAGAAAAGAGGCUAAUUCAUCAGAUAUCAAUUUGAAGGCUAAUGCAGUCUUGAAACUGGCAUAUCUAGAAAUGUAUGGAUUCGAUAUGGCAUGGUGUAAUUUCCAUACUUUAGAAGUUAUGAGCAGUGAAUCCUUACAAAAUAAACGUGUAGGUUAUUUGGCUGCAUCACAAUCAUUCCAUAGAGAUCCAGAUAUCCUAGUAUUAAUGACCAAUCUGUUGAAAAAGGAUUUGAAAUAUGCUGGCAAAGAUGAUAUGGUCAAGGUUGGAAUUGCCUUAAAUGCUAUAUCUACUAUUAUUAUUACACCAUCCUUGGCAAGGGAUAUUGUGGAUGACCUAUUUCUGAUGCUCAAUAGUUCACAUGCUUAUAUUAGAAAGAAGACUAUAGCUGCAUUAUUGAAAGUUUUUUUACAAUAUCCUGAAGCUUUAAGAGACAAUUUCGAUAAAUUUACUAUGAAAUUACAGGAUAAUGAUAUAUCAGUAGUAUCAGCUACAGUAAGUGCUAUAUGUGAACUCUCAAAACAAAAUCCUUGGCCAUUUGUCCCUUUAUCUCCAUUGUUAUAUGAAUUAUUACUAACUGUUGAUAAUAAUUGGAUUAUUAUUAGACUUCUGAAAUUAUUUACAAAUUUAUCUCAAGUGGAACCUAAAUUGAAAUACAAACUAUUGCCGAAAAUUGUUGAAUUGAUGGAUUCUACAAUGGCUACAUCGGUGUUAUAUGAAUCUGUUAAUUGUAUUGUAAAAGGCUCAAUGAUUUUAGAAGAUGAUUACAAUACUGCUAAUAAAUGUCUUCAAUGUUUAAACAAAUUCUGCCAGUCACAAGACCCAAAUUUAAGAUACAUUAGUUGUACACUGUUUUAUAAAAUAGGUAUAGUUAAUUCUCAGUUUGUGUCUGAUUAUAAUGAUCUUAUAUUAAGGUUAAUAUCUGAUGUGGAUAUUUCUAUUCGUUCUAAAGCUUUGGAGCUAUUGAGAGGUAUUGUCAAUGAGAAUAAUUUGAAAUUAGUAGUGUCAACAUUAUUAAAACAAUUUGUGAAUGAAGAAGUAGUAAUUUUGAACAAUAAUGGGAAUGGAAGGGGUAAUGGUUCAAGGAAGGAAUUUCCAAUUUUAAUACCAAAUGAUUAUAAGAUUAAAAUGAUUAGGACAAUCAUAUCAUUAUGUAGUAUGGAAAAUUACCGUAAUGUAACGGAUUUUGAAUGGUUGAACGCACUUUUAAUUGACUUAACUAUAGUCUCGCAGGACUUGAUAGAGGCAAGGGAUGAACUUGGCAAAUUAAUUGGUUUACAACUUAAAUCGAUUAUGAUUAAGGUUCCAGAUGUAAGAAAUAUAACUAUUUCAUCGAUUAUCAAAAUUUUGACGAUGUAUGAUAUCGAGUUUAAAUUGCCAACAGUGUUAAGGGAUUGUAUUUGGUCAUUAGGAGAAUAUUCAUCAUUAAUUGAAAAUGGAGAGGUAAUGAUAAAAAUAUUGAUUGAUAAGUCUACUAGAUUCAAUGCAGAUAUAAAGGCAAUUCUUAUUCCUUCGAUAUUAAAAUUGUUAUCUACAUGGUGUAAUAGUGGUAAUAUAACAUUAUCAGAGGUUAAAGAUGUGAUCACUAUAAUUAUCCAAUUUUUAAAUCCAUUAAUUUCAAACAGUUUAUUUGAGAUCCAAGAGCGAUCCAUUGAAGCGGUGGAAUUUUUAAAUCUAGUAGCUCAGUCAAUUGAUGAAUUGGAAGUUGAACAGAAUGAGAGUUCAACCGAACUACCCAUGCUAUUGACUGAUGUUUUACCAAGUUUUUUUGGUGGGAAUGAAUUGAGACCUAUUGCUAAAGGAACACAGCAGGAAUUACAAAAAAACUUGACACAUGAUUAUUUAGAAACUCCAUUUUUAUCUAGUGAUGAUUGGAAUAAUCUUUUUAAACAAUAUGAUAUAGAUGAAGGUUGUAUUACUGAAAGCACAUUAUUUGAUGGAUCAUCUGAUGAAAAGUUUAGUGAUAGGGAUACUUUUUAUGAAAAUGAUUAUUCUGAAUUGUCAUCUAAUGUUGAAGAUAAGGAUAAUCCCUUUAGUAAUUACAAUGAUGAUGCAACAAUAAAAAAUAGAAAGGAAGAACAAUUAUCAAAUCCAUUUUAUUUGACAGAAUCUGACGAUAAAGCGAAUAUUCAAGGGAAUGAUAUAUUUGAGCAUCAAGAAUAUAAUUCCCAUGUAGAUGAGCUGGUGACUAUUGUGAAAGUUAAAAAUACUAUUACUCCAAGCGAGCAUGUUGCACAAUCAAUUGAAUCUGAAUUAAUUACUACCAGUAACAAGGAGCAAAAGAAAAAACAUAAGAAACACAAAAAAUUAAUGAAAAAGGUCAAGGUACUUGAUGAUGAAGUGAUUGUUCAACCAGAUCAAUCACAAUUGGAAUUAGAGUCGAAAAAAUCAAGGUCACUGUCUCCAAUUCCAAAUUUAUAUUCUAUGAAACCUAGAAAUAACAAUGGUAUUUUUUUACAAACAAAAUCAAAAUUAGGAAGCUUUAAUUUUAAUAAAGAUGAGAUCAACGACUUGAAUGUUAUAGAAAGUGAGCAGUUAGAAUUGGAUAAAAUAAGGCAGAGGUUCCAAGAACAGAGUCUUGAAGAUCAGUCAACUAUGAAUGAUGGUGAUGAGGAAGUAAUUAUCAUUAAAAAGAAAAGGGAUAAAAGUAAGAAGAAGAGUAAAACUAAAAAGAAAAGCAAAAGUAAAGAUGAGAUAAAGCAGAUAGAAGCUGAUCCAGCAGGUGCAAUUGAAGAUAAGUGA